AUGUCGGAGCUCGCGGCCGUGAGCUCCCUACUACUGCGCAUCAUCCGCGAUGAGGCGCUACUUCUGGGAGGCGUACGCAAGGACGUGCAGUUCAUCUGGGAGGAGAUGGAGAGCAUGCAGGGCUUCCUGUCGCACCUGGAAAGGACGGUGCCUACCGGCGGCGAGUACAACGAGCAGAUCACCCCGUGGAAGAACCAGGUCCGACAGCUCGCAGAGGACUGCAACUACUGCAUCGACAUCUACAUGUCCCGCGGCAACCCCGAGAUUCAUCAUGCCAGGGGCGGCCUCCUAAGCUACAUCUGGUGGCUUCCCUGGUUCGUGCAAAAGAUGUCCGCUCAACAUCGUGCAGCCAUCCAGCUGCGGGAGCUCAAAGACCGGGCACGUGACAUUGGCGAGCGGAGAUUGAGGUACGCCGCUGAGAUCCCAGGAAAGAGGGCGGCAUUUCCAUCAUCAGGACAAGCAGCCACAACCUCUCUUGCUUCCAGAGACGAUGAAUACAGUAAUGAUCAGAUCGAGGUGGCAGUGACCAAUCGCUCCCAUCCAAGAGGGCCGUUUUUUGGGCCUCGUACACCGGAUGACAAUGUUAGGGUCAAGCUAGCUGACUGGAUAGAGAAUAUUUCACAACCCAACACUGCUGACAAGAAAUCAAUCCCGUCCCUUGUCAUUGUGGCAUCGGAUAAAGAAGAGACCUGUGCUAUUGCAGAUGAAGCUUCGGCUAUGUGGGAAAAUCAUUCUACGCGCCGCCGCAGUCUCCUGGUCGACAUCCCAGCAAUGCAUUUUAAUGAUAAUUUGCUACGAGCCAAAGACAUUAUCUAUUACAUCAUGCGGGUGCUGCAGUCCUCCAAAUCCGAGCCGCAGCAACAGGAAGUUCAGCUCGGCGGCAAGGUGGAGUUGGAUAUUAACAGAAUAAAAAGUGCCAUUCUGGCCGAUGAAGGGAAGAUGAUUGAUGAAAUCAACAAAAAUAUCGAAGCAAUGAAGGUUGAAAACAAGGUUUACGAAAUCAAGAAAAGAGUUGAAAACAUUAGGGGCGGCCAGCUACAGCUCCCCCUUGAUCAUCUGUAUCAAGAUCAGCAUGACCUGCUGGUAUCCACUAAUGAUAAACCCUUAAGCAUGCUCCUUCGAGUGUUGUGGCUUCCCAAGCUCAAGCCAUCUCCAGAAGGCGCAUCUAGAAGCCAGGAAAGGAAGCAAGCCGCACAUUCAUAUGACGAGAUCAUCAAAGAAACAGCCAAAGAGCUUAAAGAUCAUAUGGAAUCAGAUGCACAAGAAAACCUGAAGCCCAAAGAGCACAUGGAAGACGAAGCAUGCAAAAAGCCCAUUGGUCUGAAGGAAUUCCAUUAUGAACAAAUCCUCAGAGAGGUGUUCCCCUCUGACGCCCAUGUGACCAUUAGGAAGACCAUGCAAGCAUCGAAUCAAGCCACCGCCGUGACAACCACUAGUACUACUAUUGUAUUGGUCGAGGAGCAAUUCAAGGAGAUGAUGCGCCGGAUGCUACAGGAGCUGCAUGAAGAAAAAAUUGUGAAGAAACUUGAUUCAACUGCUAAGAUGGAGGACACACCACGCCGGGAUUGUAUCCUGGAGCCUCUUAUUAAAGAAACCAUGAAGAAGAUUGAAGAAAUCGAGAGUAAGAUGAAAGACCAGCUCCGGAUCAAAUGGAUCAUGGACAAAAUUAGUGAUUGUUUAGUGAUACCAUAUGACCAGAUCCUGGUUAUCCUCAAACUGGAUGAUGAUUGGGUAUCCGGUUGGGAGGAGACGAAAAAUGCACUCAGCAUGUUGGGUUGCAUAGCUGGUGCACUGGUGUUGACCAUCGAAAAGGAAAAAGCCAAAGAAUAUUGUUGUCAGCUGCAGGAGCCUAUAGACUAUUCUGUUGUUGGCCUCUACCGUGGUAUGGUACUUGAGCUUGCAAACCAACACAUGAAAGAAGAUAACAAACAAAUUCUACUUGACAUAUUGGACAAGUGUAAGCAACAUGAAUUAUGCAUGAAGAUCUUCGUUCAUGCUUUGUACACCGACACCAAGUGGAGAAACGAUGAACUAAGCAAGUUGCACAGAGCCCUGCAGCAAGUUCCAAAUGACUCAUUGGACAACAUUGCUAUGAAGAUGUUCAAGUUCGCUUAUAAUGAUCUUCCUAAGGUAUACAAGUCAUGCUUGAUGUACCUAGCAAUUUUCCCUCGACGACAACGCAUCAGGCGGUCAACCUUGGUUGCACGGUGGGUCGUAGAAGGGCUGAUAACUGAGGAAGACUGGGCCUCUUCUGUGCAUCAUGCCAAUCAAUGUUUUGAAGCGCUUGUCGACCGGUGUCUUGUUUAUCCCACUGAUAUUGGUGUUGCGGGAUGGGUAAAGAGUUGUGCAAUAGGUGAUCUUGUUCAUGACUUCAUUACGAAGAUUGCCAGAGAACAUGGCAUUUUAGAAACACGUGUGUCACAUCACUUGGCUCUCCGCUUCUCCAUUUUCAACCACCUAAAGCUCCGUGGAUCUGACAAGAUUGACAGAUUCUUCGAAAAGCUCUAUGAAGAAUCAUCUCGGGUAUCCCUGAUCAAGGUGCUAGACCUCGAAGGUUGUCAAUGCUUUGGUGGAAAGAACCGGCGCUACCUCAAGGACAUCUGCAGCAAGAUGUUACUUCUCAAGUAUCUGAGCCUAAGGGGAACAAAUGUGACCCAACUUCCCAGUGAAAUCAACAACCUCCGUGAGCUGGAAGUAUUGGAUAUCCGAGAGACAUAUGUGCCUACACAAGCAACAGCAAAUGUGCUACUCCUGAAGUUGAAGCGUUUGCUGGCUGGUCGCGUUGUUCUGAGUUCUGGGGCAAUUAGUACUGAAGUAUCUAGUGUUGUGAUUCCUGAAAAGGUCGAAAAAAUGGUAAACAUGGAGGUAUUGUACAAUGUCAAGGCACGGACUAGACAAGAUUUGAAAGAUAUUGGAAAGUUGUGGCAGCUGAGGAAGCUUGGUGUGGUUAUUGAAAACAAGGAUUCACACCUCAGAAAUUUUCUUCAAGCUAUCAGUGAUCUGCAUGAGUGCCUCAAGUCUUUGUCAAUCACUCUUCCCAGAACAGAGGACGAAAAAUACUUCACACCCUAUAUUCUUGAACACUAUGAAAACACUCCCAAGCUUCUUGAGAGCCUAAGCAUUACUGGAGCCACACGAACGGUGCAACUUCUUCAGUUGUUGACCAGAUAUAAUGACCAAUCGCAACUUGGCAAGGUAACUCUAUCUGGUACCCUGCUGGGACAGGUUGAUCUGAAGUUCCUUGCCAAGCUGCCCAAAUUAGUUUGUCUCAGGCUCCGUGAGAAGGCAUGCAUGGAUAGCAAGCUCACCUUCAGCAAGGAAGAAUUCAAAAAACUCAAGUGCUUUCUUGUUGAGGGCUCCAACAUGACUGACAUCUGGUUUGAAGGUGGGGCCCUUAAGCUGGAGAAGAUCACUUUAUGCUCAACUGAUGGCAUACAAUCUCUUUCUGGGGUCGAAGCCCUUCCAGAACUGAAGGAAGUAGAGUUGAAGAACGGCAAUAAGCUUUCAUUAUUUGAAAAGACCAAAAACAUAUCCAAGGUGACAUUUCUUUGUACCACUCUCACUGAAGAUGAGGUACAAAUUAUUGCCAAGAUGUCAAGCAUCCGCUGCCUAGUACUCAAGGAGAAUUUGUAUGCUGAAAACAAUCUUAGUUUCAAGAAAGACAACUUCCCAUGGCUCAAUCUUCUUAUCAUCGACUUUUCUGUCACCACCAAGAUCAGCUUCGAUGGUGGAUCUGCUCCUAAGCUCGAGAAAAUUGUCUGCUCCUUCACCACGAAGCUCCAGAAAAUCGACAGCUCCUUCACCAAGGAAACGGUGGGUACUCUCAACAUCUCCGGUAUUGACAACCUUCCAAAACUGAAGGAGCUCGAGUUCAAUGGUGAUUUUGUCCCCUGUGAGAUGGAUGAAGCAUUGAAGAAACACAAGAACAAACCCAAGCUUAUUCACAACAAACCAGAAAAACAAUACCAAGAAGCAGGAAACAUAGCAGAAAAGAAAGAUGCUCGAAGAUUCCCAUUAUUCUGGAAGAAAGAGGAUUGA